AUGUCCCACGAAGUAGUAUACGACUAUGUCGAGCUCGUCGACCCCAACCUCGUCUGCGCCAUCUGCCAGUCCGCCCUCGUAGACCCCGUCACCACCGGCAGCUGCAAGCACACCUUCUGCCGCGACUGCAUCACCAGGGCCAUCAGCCACAAUCCCCAGUGUCCCAUCGACAGGUCUGCUCUGUCGCUCAGUGGGCUGAGAGAUACGGAGCAGCUCGUCAAGCUCAUGCUGGACGAGCUCAAGGUCAGGUGUGGCGCAGAUGGAUGUGGCAUGGUCCUCCAGAGAGGACUUUUUCUGGCCCACCUGAGAUCCUGCCCACAAGCCAUAGUCACUUGUCGUGACGACGACUGUGGUCUCUCUAUGACUCGGCACCGAAUGCCCCAUCACAGGGCAUACGACUGCUUUCAGAGAAGGAUGGAAUGUAAAAAAUGCGGCACAAUUUUGGUGUUCAAGGACCAGACCGCCCAUGCAAACGAAGAGUGCUGCGACCAGUCGUCUGAUUCUUGCGAUUUGUGCGGCGAAACUUUGGGAGCCGACUCGCAUAUGCACAAAUGGCGCUGUACCAAAGUCCGGGCUCCAUGUCCCCAUGCCCACCGCGGCUGCUCGUCCAUCAUACCCCGAGCAGAUAUCGAAGCCCACCUCACCACCUGCCCCUUUGAAGCCUUUUCUGGAUUCUUCGACGUCAACGAGACACGGUUCAAAUCUCUCGAGUUGAAAGUGGAGUCUCUGCAAAGCGAGCUGGAGAGUGUGAGGAGUCAUUUGAGGAGAGUGGAAGGGAAUGUCGAGGUCGUUUCGAGAGUCAGGAAUACGUCGGGCGGAGGACUGUCAUGGCCUGCACAUCAGGUGGAUCCUAUAGUCCCCGUCCCUGGCAGACGGUCUACCACGGCACCAGACAGCGGUUCACCAAGACCAGAGGCCUUACCGCUCCCACCAUCCCCUUCUCCCGUAACGCCAACUCUCACAAACCCAACUCCAGGCCCAACCACGCCGACCCCAGCCCGCAACCCACAACCAUUGUCCUUUGGGUCAUCGCUUCCCACUACCAGGCCAGAUAUGACACAUCAGCGAUCACUCGUUGCGCCGUCUUUUGGCUCGCAUCACUGGGAUGAUGUGUUGAAUGCUCUCAAAGGGGUUGUGGUUCAGCUGGCAGCUGGUUUGGAUAGCAUGGAGAGGAGGAACGAAGUACGGACGAUGACGGAAAGCUUGAGAGUGCUCGAGGAAGUCGGAAGCCUGAGGGCUAUCGUCACCACCAUGCGAAUGCAGGUCAUGAUGGACCGCCCCUCACGCCCUGGGCGCCCCUCACGCCCUGGGUCACUUCAGUACCAAACAGACUCACCCUACCGAGCAUCCCAAAACCUUCCCCGCACAACGUCCAGGCCCAGUCUCUCCCUGUCCACCCGCGACCACGACUCUGUCUCCAUCCCCCGCUCCUCCAGCCCCAUCAGUCCCACGCGAACGACCCACUCAGUCAGCGUCAUCACGGACAGAGACGACGACGCCGAAGAAACAGCCUCCAUCACCGAAUCCGUCGUCUUCUCCGCCCAAGGCCAUCCUCCACCCUCACCCUCCGCCCAAUCAUCCACUUCAUCCCUCAUCACCGCCACAAACCCCAGAAUACCCAAGCGCGGUUCUCUCUCAAGAGCGCACCGGACGUCAAGUCUGGGACAAGGGCCGUCGGGAGAGGCAGUGGGCAUGUCGAGGAAUUCGGGUAGUACGGUUGGAAGGAGUGGGGCGGGGCUGACGGGGAGGCCGGUGGCUUUCCCGCCGGCUGCUGAUGAUACUGUUGCUGGACCGAGUGGGAGUGGUGCUGGGGCAGCGACGAUAGGCAGGAGUCAGGGGAGGUUGAGUAUGCGAUCUGCUGGGAACACGGUCGGGAGUAUCGGCAGAUUUAUGAGGAGGAACACGGAGAGAGAGAGGGACAGGUCUGGGCCGAGGGGUUGA